AUUUGGCGCAAUUUGCGCAGAAACCGUUUUCUCCCUUCAAAACCAAAUUCAUUACAUUACUCGAAUCCCAAUUUCAAAUUUGGGAAUUUCCCAUUACAAAAAUCCUCUCUGUUGCAGUUGCUGUUGAAUUCCAAAUUUGGGGAUUAGGGUUUUUGUUUGUUGAGAUAAAGGAUCAUGAAAGCAUCUCUCAAGUUCCGUGAAGACCAGAAGCCUCUGUUCAGAGCCAAGGUUCCUCUCACCAUUCUUGGCCUCCCCUUCCAAUCCGCCCUAGCCGCCGGCGACUCCAAGGAGCUCACUCUCUCUCUCUCCACUCUCUUCCCCUCCGGCCCCUCCCUCGCCGUCGCCUACCGCCCCAACGACUCAUGGAAUCCCUUCUCCCUACUCCUCAAGAUCGGUGCCGGCCCCUUCGCCUCCCCGAUCGCCUCCUCCGUCCUCUUCACCGCCCAGCUCAACCUCAUCGCCAGCGGAAAUCCCUCCUUCAUGCUCCACUUCCACCCCCGCCUCGGCGAUUUCUCCCUCAAGAAGUCCCACUCCUCCUCCAUUUUCCUCAAAUCGGCCGCCGCCGCCGUCGCUCCUGACGACGGAUCGCCGGAUCUGGGGGAUGUUCCGGCCAUCAACGGAGCUUUCCCCGGCUUCUCUAUGGAUUCUCCUGCCGCGAGUGCGGUUUCGGGGUUUCUCUCCGGCAUGGAGGUGGCGGCGAGUACGGCGGUGCCGGUGAGGAGCCACGCCGCGGUGAGGUUUCGGUGGGGGCUUAGGGUUCCAGCGGAGGCGAAGGAUGGGGUUUCGUUUCGGAAGGCUCCGUUUCUGGUGCUGAAUAAGAUCGGGAUCGAACACGUGGACGGUGGAGAUUCCAAGGAGGUGAAAGCUGACAUUGACAAAUCGUCGGGUUUGGGGGAUAAUGGGGAGGCUUGUUUUUGUGUGAAGCGUCAGUUUGAGGUUCUGGAAAUGGAAAAUGGGAUGCUCAAGAAGGCCAUUGACGACCUCCGCAAGCAAAUGAAAUCGUUCUCGAAUUCCGGCGACCGGCGGUUCAAGGACAAGAAGACGGCGGAAUUCGGCGGUUUAGAUGGGCCGGCGGCGGAGGAGGCGGCGGGUGAGGAGCUGAGGAAGGCGCUGUCCGGCGCCUGAAUUCGUCGAUACGACAACGGAUUUAACGUGCCACUUGAAAAUGUAUAAACCCAGUUGUUUUUUUUUCUUCUUUCCUUCUCUGUUCUGUUCUGCCAUCUAUACCAGUUUUACUGGUUUUUCUGUUUCCUCUCUGAAAUUUAGUGAAAUUAUUUAUUUAUAAGUUAUUUUGUAGAAAUGGUUUUGUUUGAUAGUGUGGUAGUAAAUUUUGGAAAAUUUUCCUGUA